AUGCCGUGGCACAGUGGGGAGAGAAAAAUGCAUGAUCUGAUGAAAGUUUCCGAUCAGGUCAAUCCCACUUCUGAACUUCUUCCUCCGGGUACUGGUCACUUCGUGUAUCAGGCGCCACUGGUUGCUAUCGGCGUUGUCGACCACUGGGGAAAGCCGUGGACUACCGUCUUGGGGGGAGAACCAGGAUUUGCUCGCCCGGUUGGCGAUUCCAUGAUCAUGAUGGACACACCUGCCCCAAAUAUGGACGAUCCCAUCCUACAAUUUUUACUGGGGAGCACUCCCGUCAACCAGACUGCGCAGUUUCACGGAGAGAAGCCCAUUAUAGCCGGGUUAGCGAUUGAUCUGGAAAGCAGAAUGAGAGUGAAGCUUCACGGGAGGUUUCGAGCCGGGCAAGUCUACUACGAAGGCCAAACACGUCGGGCACAGUUAGUUUUUGAAAUUGAUGCAAGCCUUCCCAACUGCCCGAAAUAUCUCAACGAGAAGUUUAUCAUACCCAAUCUAUCCGACCCCAAAACGUUGCCAGACUCUCCCAAGCUAUCGCCACAAGCAGUUGACCUACUCAAAAAGGCCGAUUUGUUCUUCAUUUCAUCGUCAAAUGCCGGUGUAGAUAUGGAUACCAAUCACCGUGGUGGUCCUCCUGGCUUUGUGAGAGUGGUUUCCAAUAACCCGAGUGGCGCUGUCCUUAUAUAUCCAGAGUACUCCGGGAAUCGUCUCUACCAGACUCUUGGGAAUAUUCAAACGACUCCUUUUGCUGGCUUGACAGUGCCAGAUUUCGACACUGGCGACGUCCUAUAUCUAACAGGAGAGGCUCAGGUUCUCAGUGGAGAGCGCGCCGCUGAUAUUUUACCUCGCUCAAAAAUUGCCGUCAAAAUCACAGUUCUCUCCUCCAGAUUUGUCCUUCAAGGCCUUCCCUUUUUAGGAAAACCGGGAUCCUUUUCCCCUUAUAACCCUCCUAUAAGAUUUGCCAGCGGGGAAAAGGAACUAGGUAAGCCUGUGGAUACGACUAUGGCAACCGCUUUGAAUCGUGCUGUCCUCACCGGCUUCCAGCGCCUCACUCCCACCAUCGCGAGAUUUCAUUUUCGCGUAGAAGGAAAGUCGACCUUAAAGGCCUGGAACCCCGGACAAUAUGCCACACUCUCUUUUGCGGAGGAUCUUGACCAAGGUUGGAGUCACAUGCGGGACGAAGAUCCACGGUCCUUGAACGAUGAUUACAUCCGAACCUUCACUAUUUCCAGUUCCCCAAAAUCACCAGCCGAUGGGCCCCUAGAAUUCGAGUUGACAAUUCGCAAUGUUGGGCGUGCAACAAACUAUUUGUUUCAUCAAGAAGCGAAUGGCGCUUAUAGCUUGCCAUUGCUUGGCUUCGGCGGGAAUUUUCAUUUCGAGGACAAGCGCCGCCCUAUUGUGUUUAUUGCCUCCGGAAUCGGGAUAACGCCACUCCUUGGUCAAGUAUCGUCAUUGGAAAAGACCCAAGUCAGUAACUUACAAAUAUUGUGGUCUAUACGGGUCAAUGAUGUGGAAUUAGCACUUGACACCCUCUCGAAGAACCCAGAACUCAUUCCCUCAACCAAGCUCUUCCUGACAGGAAACGUGUCAAAAUUGGAAAGGAACGAUGGAGAAGCGGCUUUACUCAAAAAGCUUAUCGAUGCUGACGUUUCUAUUACAAGAAGGCGGUUUCAAGAACAAGACAUCGUUGAGCUUCGCAGUGAGGUUGAGACCGAUUGGUAUAUGUGUGUGGGGUCAGAGUUAAAAGGUCUCGUUUUACAGUGGCUAGCAGGGAGAAAGGUUGAGUACGAAGACUUUGGUUAUUGA